CUUACUCAUAUCUCUCUUUCCUUCUUUCGUUGUCAUCUUGUCACCAAUAAUAGUAGGUCCCACAGUUACUUCCACAUUCACUUCUUCAACCUUGUGUUAUUCUGCAAUAAAUAACAGCUCUUUCACUUCUCGAAACCACGCACGCUCGUAGAAGAGAAAAACUUUCUCAAAAUCCAAUCCAAUGAGUAAUUAUCCUCCACCAGGGUUUGGAUCUCCAUACCCACCACCACCAGGACCACCGCCUCAUCAACAUCACGAAGGCUACCCUCCGCCGGGUUAUCCAGGAGGCUUUCCACCACCACCACCGCCACCGCAUCACCACCACCACCACGGUCCGCCGCAUGAUUCCUAUCAAGGGUAUUUUGAUAACGGAUACCCACCACCUCCUCCUGCUCCGCCUCAGUACCACAACUACCAGCAUGUUGAUCAUCAUCACCAUCAUGGUCACCAUGGUGAUCCUGGUUGUUGUUCCUUCCUCCGUGGAUGCUUGGCUGCGCUUUGUUGCUGCUGUGUACUAGAAGAAUGCUGUUGCCUUUUCUGAUAAGCAUGCCAAAAAAAGGAAGUUGCUUCUGUCCUUUGGAACACUUGGUUAUGUCCCUAUGUAGAAAUGUUGCUCCAAUUCUUGAUAUUUUAGUACUGUGAGAUAUGGUAAGUGUUUGGUCAUAGUUGUUACUUGUUCUUCUCCAGCUACGUACAAAUGUUGGUCUGUACACAAGUUAUGUCAUGUGGUUUAUGUGAAUCUAUUUGUACGAGUACUAUAUUGGAAAUUGUAAACCAUUUCUUAUAUGGUUUAACAGAUGAUGAUAUGGUUAAUAAAAUAAUGUUACAUAUUGUUUUCUUCUUUA